CUUGUUUGGAUUUGGAGUGAGAAUUUGUGAAGGAAAAUCCAAGAGUGAUACAUCAUACAACUCAACUUGGAAGAGUAGAGACUUGAAAAUCCAACACUGAUAUCAUCUAAUCUACAAGCUUCCGUUGCCAUGUCUACACCUUUUCUAAGUCCAUUGCACUAGAUUUUCUUUCUCCUAUGUUUACCAUGACCAUACUCGUUCAAUUCUCUGCCAAAUGUUCUCACUUUAACCCCAACUUCUUUCACGCUGGCAUAUACAAGAGACCCACUUUCUCUUUCUCUCGGUUGGAAACAAAGUUUGCUCCUUUUAAUCGGAACAGUUUCAAGCUGAGAGCUUGCAGGGAGCGUUGGUCCUUCGCCGGGGGUACAGUGUUUAAAAAUGGGGUUUUGUUGGAAGGGAAGGGGUGCAAAAGGGAAAAGAGAGUGGUGUUGGUGAAGAAUAAUCAAGGGUUUGGCUUCAAUGGUGGUGGUGGUGGAAGAGAUGAUGGUGCCACUGCUAGGAUGUUGGGAAACCUUGCUCUAGCUAUUGGAUUGACAUACCUUUCUAUGACUGGACAACUUGGUUGGAUUUUGGAUGCUAUUGUCUCCAUUUGGAUCUUUGCAGUGUUAAUACCAAUAGUAGGUCUUGGUGCUUUCCUCUGGUGGGCAGGGCGAGAUAUAAUGCAAGGCACCUGUCCAAAUUGUGGAAAUGAUUUUCAGGUUUUCAAAUCCUCUCUAAAUGAUGAUUUGCAGCUGUGCCCCUUUUGUGGUCAACCUUUUUCUGUUGUUGGCAAUGAGUUUGUGAAGGACUCUGUCAAGUUUUCAAACCAAUCUACAACAUUUGGACAAGCAUUCAAUAACUUCUCCCGUUCUAGAAAUGAAAAAGAUUCUGGUAGAGCAAUUGAUGUUGAAGCUGAAAUUAAAGAUGUAGACUGAGUCUUCAAAGCCAUAACAUGCUGGAUGACCACGAUGAACACGAAUCUUAUUCGUUUAAAGAACAGGCUGUGGCUUGCAUAUGCUUGUAGUGAAGAUGCAAUGAAUGACGCAUUGAAGGGCAUGAUUUGCAAAGUAACACAUUCUAGAAAGGAGAGGAGUGUGGUGAGCAGAGUAGCAUUGCAAUUGUAAUAUAAGUUUUGACAGUGAUGUUUCUCAGGUCACACCUCUAUUAUUUUGGUGUACCAAAAUGCAGUUUCAUUUUCUUUUCUUUGUUACACAAAAUGUUUAGUAUGCUUCAGCUUUAACAACUUUUUCUGAUUAGUUAUAAUUAUAACCCUUUUACAAGACAUAGAAAUA